AUGGUCAAACCCACACCUGCCACCGGCCCAGGCGUCUAUAGUGCUACAUACAGUGGUAUACCAGUGUAUGAAUUCCAAUUCGGAACAGACCUUAAGGAGCAUGUUAUGCGAAGACGGCAUGAUGACUGGGUCAAUGCAACACAUAUCCUGAAAGCCGCCGGCUUUGAUAAGCCAGCACGAACUAGAAUCUUGGAGCGCGAUGUUCAGAAGGAUGUUCAUGAGAAGAUCCAGGGAGGGUAUGGCAAAUAUCAAGGAACCUGGAUUCCUUUACCAGCGGCUACAUCACUAGCGGAAAGACACAGCGUCAUCGAUCGAUUAAGACCCAUAUUCGAAUACACACCUGGCAACGAGAGCCCGCCUCCGGCUCCCAGACAUGCCAGCAAACCAAAAGCGCCCCGGGCGCGACCUGCUCCUCCCAAGUGGAAUAGUACGUCUAAGCGGGCAUCUCAAGCGAGAGUUGCCACUAAUACAAAUUUAGAUCCUGCUGCUGCUGCUCCUCCCCCUCCAGUAGCUGAAGAAUACUCGAAUGGCGGUGAUACUCUGAUGGGAGAGGAUGAUAUUCCCGAUAAUUUAACCAUUGCUUCGGCCUCGUACAUGGCCGAGGACGAUCGUUUUGACUUAUCUCAAAUCACCUCGACUGGGCAUAGGAAGCGCAAGCGAGAGGAGCAAUUGCAGGAGUUGACCGAGCAGCAGCACUCGAUCUAUGGUGACGAGCUACUUGACUACUUUCUAUUAUCUCGGAACGAGCAGCCAACGGUAAAACCAGAGCCGCCGCCGAAUUUCCAGCCGGACUGGAUCAUUGAUUCUGAAAAUCACACCGCCCUGCACUGGGCGUCGGCAAUGGGAGACGUAGAUGUCAUCAAGCAAUUGAGGCGCUUCAACGCCAACGUUGCUGCCAAAAACAUCCGAGGUGAGACGCCGCUCAUGCGGUCCGUCAACUUCACCAACUGUUUCGAGAAGCGCACCUUCCCCGCAGUCAUGAAGGAGCUGUUCGAAACGGCUGAUGUGCGAGAUUCACAAGGUUGCACCGUGAUCCACCACGCAGCGAUUAUGAAGAACGGGCGUGUGUACAGUCCGUCGUGCUCAAGAUACUAUCUCGACAUUAUUCUUAAUAAGUUACAAGAGUCGUUAGAGCAUAGCGCAUUCCAGCAGCUCCUCGAUGCGCAAGAUAACGAGGGGAACACGGCGCUCCACCUGGCGGCCAGGCUCAACGCGAGGAAGUGCAUCCGCUCCCUCCUCGGGCGCCACGCUUCCACGGACGUGGUCAACAACGAGGGUGUGCGCGUGGAGGACCUGAUAAUGGAGCUCAACGCCUCCAAGAGGGAGCGCGGCCCCCAACGGUCGUCAUCGCCGUUCGCGCCUGAGUCGCAACGGCACAACUCCUUCCGGGAUGCCUUCCUAGAAAAGAACGGCGCGAAGCCGUCUGUCAAAUUCUCAUCCACUGCAGCGACGACCGUGCAUUCCAGGAUCACACCCCUCAUAAUAGAGAAGUUCCAGGAUCUAGCUAAAAGCUACGACGAUGAGUGGCAUCAGAAGGAAGUGGCGGAGACGGAGGCCCAGCGCAUCCUGAGCAACACCCAGGCCGAGCUGGAGGCGGCGCGCCGUCAGAUAGCCGAGAUGGAGGAGCAGAUUGAGUCGGAGGAGGCGGCCGCCAAGAUGAUGAGCGAGGCCAACCGGGCCAAGCACCAGGUGACGGAGCUGAUCACGUACCAGAACCGGCAGCACAUCCAAAAGGCGGUAGAGGAGGAGCUGUCCAAGACCAAUGGCGACAGCAUGCAGGAGGAGUCAUACGAAGAGCGACUCAGCUUAGCGCAGCAGCUGGCACAGCUCUUGGCGGACCAGAAGCAGGCAGAGAUGGAGUACGUGGACGCCCUGGCCAUGGUGGGGACGGGGGACAAGAUUGAAAAGUACAGAAAACUACUCAAGACGUGUUUGGAGCCCAAGGAUGGCGAGAGCCUAGACAUGAAUCUGGACAGUGUGGUGGAUAUGGUGGAGGAGCAGAGAGCAGUGCACGACAUGGACGGUGGUCCCGAGUGCGACGCCAUGGACUUCCACAUCUGA